UGCCAAUUCAGGGCUAGUGUGUUGCUGCAUGCGUGCUUUAACCCGCCUUGAUGGAACGUCUUUCUCGGCCCAUACCCGACAACCGGCCUAAAAAGGACCCCUGUUCUCUCGGCGUUCGGAAUGCCCUUCAUGCGAUUGAUAACCGGCCGCGCCCCUUGCAUCACCUCCAUCUUCAUCUGCAUGCAGCCCAGACCAUCGCCAUGUUCCGCGUCACAGUUGUCCGCUACGCCGCCCAGACACACAAUGCCGCGCUGGAAGCCGUGGUUGUAGGAGGCGGCCCUGCUGGAUUGGCCGUUGUCGGCAAUCUACUGGAGCAUCUUCCCAAGACCAAUCGAAGCCAGCUCUGGGUUGACCCGUCCUUCACAGCCGGUAGAGUCAAUGCGCGGUAUCGCCAGGUUCCCAGCAACACAAAAGUCGAUUUAUUCCUGCAAUUUGCGAAAGAGCUCGCUCCGUUUCGGCACAUUAUUGAGUUUGCACAACGUCCCAAUGCGAUUACCACCCUCGAAGGCCUCGUUCAAGACAAGGGGUGCGAAUUGGGCUACGGUGCAGAUAUGUGCUUGAUGUUGACCAAGGGAAUCGCAAAAUACUACCAAGAUGCCCAGCAGCACACCGGAAUGGUUACCGGAGCAGUGCUCAACAAGACAACUGGAAUCUGGACUGUGAAGCUCAACAACAAAGACGCUGUCACAGCAAAGCGCCUGAUUCUCUGCACGGGAUCCAGCCCCAUAGACACGACUCCUCGAAUGAUCCAACAAAACAUCCAACAAGCCACCAGCAUUCACCUCGACACAGCACUAAACCCUCCCCUCCUCGCUGCUAGCAUAUCUCGCGACACUCCUACCACAAUUGCCGUGGUGGGAGCAUCUCAUUCCGCCAUCCUGGUACUGAUGAAUCUCUAUAACCUUGCUGCAUCGUCACAUCCUCACCUUCGCAUUAAAUGGUUUAGCCGCCACCGUUCCCUACGCUACGCCAAACCAAUGGAUGGCUGGAUUCUAUACGACAAUACCGGAUUAAAGGGUGACGCGGCGCAGUGGGCUCGUCAAAAUCUGGAGGAGGCAUCGUUUGCAUCGAGCCCCGCGAGCAAAGUCAUAACAAAAGUCUUCACAUCGAUAGGUGCUUUAGAGGAGCAGGCAUAUCAUGCGGAGCUACCAGAUUGUACACAUAUUGUUCAGGCUAUUGGCUAUCAGAGAGACCCUUUGCCUACUAUUGAUGUCACGGACAGCCCUGAGUCAGAGCCCUCAUCCAUGGCUAUUGAGCAUGACGGCCUCACUGGGCGAUUCGUUUCGCCACACAACAAGACGUACGUCCCUGGCCUCUUUGGUGCUGGAAUCGCUUUCCCAGAGCGUGUCACGGAUCCAGCUGGGAAUGUUGAGCACGCUGUUGGCUUUUGGAAAUUUAUGCGUUUCCUGAAGAGAGUUGUUCCGCAGUGGGUGCAGGAGAAAUAAAGCCAGCACUUGUUCGUAAAAUUAUUCACAUAUAGACUUGGGGCUCAAUAUGAAAAUUCAUUAUGUGCUGUGUCUUCAUUUCAUUAGCCAGUGUCUGCUUCACUCUCAUCAGUGUAGUCUAGUUUGGGCUCUUGGCCGAUCUUUACUGGUUUUCUGACGGCCGACUGCAGAGCAAAGCGCGGCUUUACGUGGAAAAGAGACGGCCCAUCCUUUCCCAACUCGUACUUUUUGAGAUCACCAUACGGCUUUCCCAUAGCCCAGCGUAGGAGCGUCUGAACCUGAGGGUUGUUGAUGGUCCAUAAUUCUGGGCAUAGCGAGGGUCGGGGCGGUUCCAAUUGUUACGUAUGGAGGGUCAAAAUUGAUCUCAGCCGCGAUAACUCGAGCUGAGUUACCCCAGAUAGAGAUAAGAGUAAUCUAAAAAAAAUUAGCUGUG